UGCAGCCACAUGCCUGAGGAGAGAGCUAUUGAGGAGUUAGACAUGAAUACCUUCCCUCCAAACGAGUCCAAGGAAACCCUCUUUGCACUCGUCUCCCCAGAAGAGGAACUUCCCCAGCCCUCAAGCCCUCCAAAGAAAACAACUUGGAAAAUCUGUGGCUCUAAUUACCCACUGAGCAUUGCCUUCAUCGUGGUGAAUGAGUUCUGUGAAAGAUUCUCCUACUAUGGCAUGAAAGCUGUGCUGACACUUUACUUUCUGUACUUCCUACACUGGAGUGAAGACACGUCUACAUCUGUGUACCAUGCCUUCAGCAGCCUCUGCUAUUUCACUCCUCUCUUGGGAGCAGUCAUAGCUGACUCUUGGUUGGGAAAAUUCAGAACAAUCAUCUAUCUCUCUUUGGUGUAUGUUCUUGGUCACCUGAUCAAGUCACUGGGUGCAGUGCCAGACGUGGGAGGAAAUCUAACGCACAUAGUUCUAUCCAUGGUUGGCCUUUUCCUGAUAGCAUUGGGAACAGGAGGUAUCAAACCCUGUGUGGCAGCCUUUGGUGGAGACCAGUUUGAAGAAGAACAUGCAAAAGAAAGGAGCAAGUUCUUCUCAGUUUUCUAUCUGUCCAUCAAUGCAGGGAGUUUGAUCUCCACAUUUGUCACACCCAUGCUAAGAGGUGAUGUACAGUGCUUUGGAGGAGAUUGUUACGCAUUAGCCUUUGGGGUCCCAGGAAUGCUAAUGGUAGUGGCUCUUGUUGUGUUUGCUCUUGGAAGUAAGAUAUACAAAAAACCUGCCCCUGAAGGAAACAUAGUGGGUAAAGUCUCCAAAUGUAUCUGGUUUGCUAUUUCCAAUCGCCUGAAGAACCGUUCCAGUGAAAUUCCAAAGAGAGAGCACUGGUUGGACUGGGCAGAGGAAAAAUAUCCGAAACAGCUCAUCUUAGAAGUGAAGACACUGACCCGUGUGUUGUUUCUUUAUAUUCCACUGCCAAUGUUCUGGGCUCUUUUGGAUCAGCAGGGCUCUCGGUGGACUCUGCAAGCAACUAGGAUGAAUGGUAAUGUGGGAUUUUUCGUGUUCCACCCCGACCAGAUGCAGGUGCUGAAUCCCCUCCUGGUGCUUAUCUUCAUCCCAGUGUUUGACUUGGGGCUCUACCCUCUAGUCAAGAUGUGUGGAAUCAAUUUAACGUCUAUUAGGAAAAUGGCAACUGGUAUGAUCUUGGCAUCCCUAGCAUUUGCAAUUGCAGCUACUGUUGAGAUCAAGAUAAAUGAACUGAGCCCACACAAGCCAGGAGGCAAAGAGGUUUACCUGAGGAUUCUGAAUCUGGCGGAUGAUGAAAUGAAAGUGUCAUUGAUGGAUUAUCAUAAUAACUCUCUGUUUCCAGAGCCUAUCAAGCCCUUUCAGAAAGCAACACACCAUUCCAAAAUGCUCCUGACCACAAAGAGCCAGCAUUUUCACUUCCAGCUACAGUAUCACAACAUAUCUGUUACCAGUGAGCACAUCCUGGAAGAGAAGAACAGAUACAGCUUGGUCAUUCGUGGAGAUCAAAGUGGAGUUUCCAGCAUUCUGAUGAAGGAUGUGGUAACCUCAACAGCCAAUGGGAUGGCAGCUGUGAGGUUUAUUAACACCUUGGAUCAAGAUAUUAACCUCACCUUAAGCAGAGAUGUUUCCUUCAGUGUUGGUGAAGACUAUGGUAUCUCUGCCUACAAAACCUUGGAAAGGGGAAAAUACCAUCAUGUGCAGUGCAGGACAGAAGACAAGAUCUUCUUCUUGGAUCUGGGAUUACUUGACUUUGGUGCAGCAUACGCAGUUGCUAUUACUAAUAGUUCUGAUCAGGGUCUCCAGGCAUGGAAAACUGAAGAUAUUUCACCCAAUCAAAUGUCCAUUGCAUGGCAGUUGCCACAGUACAUAUUAGUUACUGCAGGCGAGGUUAUGUUCUCUGUCACGGGGCUUGAGUUUUCCUAUGCUCAGGCACCCCUCAGCAUGAAGUCGGUGCUACAAGCAGCCUGGCUCCUGACAGUGGCCAUGGGAAAUAUCAUCGUACUUAUUGUGGCACAGACAAGUGCUUUGGUACAGUGGGCUGAAUUUAUCCUGUUUUCCUGUCUCCUGCUUAUUGUUUGUCUCAUCUUUUCCAUCAUGGGCUACUACUACAUCCCCGUGAAGCCAGAAGAUGCUUAUAUUCUGGAGGACACAAUGCCUUCCCACAUCAAGGAGAACACAGAAAACCUGGUGACCAAGAAGACAAAACUCUGACUGCUUCCUUAGCUCUAUUCCAAGCCUUUUUUUUUUACUUUCCCUAAUCAAUCUAACUCAUCCCCGGUCCUGGCCCAAUCUACAUCUGCCACUGAAUAUCCUUCUUUCUACCGGGCCGGACCAAAGAAGUAGCACCUAUUUCAUCAGAGACCCUCACCCGCAGCUGUCUUUCCAUCUUCUCCCUCUGGGGGCACCAACCCUGGAAUAGGGACCCCACUGCAUGCUUGAGCAAGAAAUCCAGCCACUCCAUACCUCAGUCCUAUCACCUAUUCAUGGAGAAUAGAGUCUGUCAUACAUUGUUCUGAUGAAGCUGGGACAGAUGGUUACUCUUCGUGUGUCUAGAAGAACGUGAAGAACAUAAUUUAGCAUAUGUUACUGUGUAACUGUGACAUUCUUCUGUGUGUGAAUGCACACUGCCGAGGGAGAAGGAAAACAGGCACCUGCAUUUGCCAUUUGGAACACUGCCAAAUGUACUUGGUCCUCUUGUCUAGGCCCUGGUCAUUUAACUUCGUUAUGUUUAGAAACUGGACUUUUGUCAGUGCAACAGGAUUGCUUGUGCCUAAGUAAACUAAUUUAUACUAAUCAAGCCAUAGGAGACGAGUAACUUUUAUGCAGUUAUUAGUAGUAGUCAUGGAUGCUACUAAUAAUGGCAGCUCGUAUUUUCAUAGCAUUUUCCAGUUUAUAACAACCCUAUGUGGUAGGUUAAUUAACAAGUCAGAAUGUUAGUUUAUUAAUUUCUAAUGGAGGAAAGAGCUUGAAAGGGACAAGGAUGUUUCUAUCCCAGGAGAGCUGAAGGGGACAUGGAAAGAGGAGACACCCCUUUUCUGUGUAUUGAUAUAUAAUGGAAACCAUGUUGAAGAUAAAAAGUUUGCUUGGUACUCUUAGAGCCAGAGAAAGAGAAGUGGAUGGUUUUUCAGGACAUGUAUGAAAAUUAUGGGAAAAUGAUUAACCAUCCUUUCUCCAUCUCACUGAGCCAUAACGCUUGAGUUUCUCUCCCUUCCCCUGCCUCGGACCAUGCCAUAUAUUUGCUAAUUUUCACCCUCUAUUUUCAAUAUUCAAUAUUUCUCUGUUAGUAUUUUCUCUGAAUUAUGCCACCUCUUUCCCACUUAACCCUCAUUCAAAAUAGCUUUAUAAUUCUGAAAACCUGUUUUAUAUGGAUUCCUUCAGCAAUUCAAUUCCACAAAUAUUUAAGUACACACUGUUUGCAGGGCAUGCAGUGGGGACAUAUAUAGGAAAAAUACCACAGUCCCUGACUUCAAGUACUUUACAAUACAGUAGGAAGACAAGAAGACAAAAAUUAUCCAAGUUAGGAUGUUCAUAGGUGAGAUUAAAUUUUAAAAAUGAAUGUAUAAUUCCAGGAAGGAGGGAUCACUCCUAGGCUGGAGGAAUUAGGAAUGGCUUCUUGGAAGAGAGUGAAGUUGAGCUGGGUCUUGAAAGAAGAGAAGGAUUUUAAUGGGUGGAAAUGUGAUGGGAAUUUUUCCCUGUAGAGGUGACAACCUAUACAAUGCAGGGGGAAUGUGAAAGAGUCACAUGAUAGGCAACAUAAUAGAGUAGACGCCCACCACAUACUUCUCCUACUUUGAAAAAGGAAAUUGUGCCAAACCAGAAUAAUUAGAACUUAAUACUCAAGGUAAAAGCCUUAUAAAACAGCAUGAGAGAAUUUAAGUAGUUAAACCUCCUACUCAACUGCCCAAACCUACCUAUCCAGUCUCUUGGGCAUAGUCACUGCUACCAACCUCACUAGCUUGUGUUUCAGGAUCUGGGUGGUAGGGCCCCUGCCCAGUUCCUUCAGAGCAGUAUUUCACUUUAAUUCUCUAGCAAUCCAAAAGAGGCAGAAAACAUUGAUUUUGAAUGGCCACAUGAAGGUACGGAAGAGUAAACGUGUGUGUUGGAGUGGAUGGUUCAGAAAGACACACCAAUUAAACAAUUAGAUUGGAAGGACUUUUAUGCCUACGGGAGAGAGACUACACUAGAAACUUAGCUGGAGUCAGUCCUCUCUCCCUGGGGUUUACACUCACUUAAAAAGUAGCAGGACCAUAAUACUUCUAAAUCAGAAAGGUUGAAGAUGCCUAGCCUCAAGCAUGUAUUUGUAUGAGAGAACAGCAAAGCAGGAAAGGGGAAAAGGGAAGAGAAGGGAAACUAGUGUCAAGCUAUUGUGAAAUACUAUAAGAUAAUGUAAGUGUUAUAUAAUAUAAAUUAUAAAAUAAAAAGGCUGAAAGACAGAAGAUCCAAGAUCUAUUCAAUAGUACCACUCAUAAAAACAAGAAAAAAUGAA